AUGAAGGAUGUAGACAUUUGGAAUAUUCCUAUUUUUCAACUGACUAAUCUUACCCUCAUUCUCAUUUUUCUCGUAUUUAUAGUCCUGUGCAUUCUUAGCGCCAUCUGUCGAAGGAGGAAAGCCAUUGAAGAUUUAUCAAGUAAUCGUUCAACGCCGCAAUAUGAUAAUGAGCAACUCGGUACGCAGCUCGCUGAACCGCUAUCCUCUUUACAAGCCUCGUGCCAUUACAAUCACUCAUUUGACUACAACGAGAUUUGUGCAAGUCGAAUAGAAGAGCGCCGGUGUGAACGGGAGGCUCGCUUACAAUGCGAAAAUCCAUCUGCUGAUGUCACUCUCGACAGGAUUGAUCGCUCAAUUGGUGCCGCACUUGCCGUGGAAAAACUCCUGCGAGAUAGCUACAUUUUCGAUACGCGAGUAAUGAGCCGACCUUCGGGAGACGUACUUGUGGUUGCUGCGAAACGGGACUACAUCUGA